CGAGCUCGUGCUGGGCGAGGGCGACGAGCUCCCCGACGGCCACGCGUGCACGCCUUCUACAACGCCCUCUCGUCGGAGGCGCUCUCGCUCUCGAUGCGCUGCACGCUCGCCCCCUUCGAGCUCGACGGGAAGAGGUACCCCACCCUCGAGGCGGCCAUCACCGCCGACGCCGUCGCCGACCUCCCCUCCUCCGAGCAGCGCGCCGCAGCGGUGCUGUCGGCGGUGCGUGCGCAGUACGCCUCCGAGGCGGCCGAGGGCUCGGGCCUGGCGGCGCACCUCCUUGCGACGGGAGACAAGCUGCUCGCGUGCGCGGGCGACGGCAUCUCGACGGGCGAGAACCGGCUCGGCAAGGCGCUGAUGGCGGUGCGGGACGAGCUGCGCGCGGCGCGCGGGUAGGUCGGGCCGCGACUUCUCGGCAGCCGAGUCUUGCCUUUUUAUCACCGCAGCGACGAGGAGUCGCUGUAGAGGGGGAGGCCACGAGCCACGCCCCCCCAGGCCCACACCGCGCGCCGCACGUGCGAUUUGGGAGACUUUUGCGCUGGGGUCCGCCCACGCCCCAUGGCAUGCGACUUGCGAGAUGCGAGAUCUCUCUUUUGUUUUUUCGUGGAGGGG